ACUACCCACUACUGUGCUGUCAAUCUUGUCCUCUUUCUCUCUCCUCUUCCUCUCUUUUUUUCCCUUCCUCUUUACUUUCUCUCUCUCUCGUAGCUCGCUCUUCUGUACACAGGAAGCACCCGAAACUUAGGGUUAGGGUUUUUGUUUCCCAGCAAAACCCCAACUGCUAGGUCCGCUUCGUAGCAGGAGACCGCGAGCUUGCGUGGCUUGGCGUGUCGGAGCAGCUUCGUAGGGUUUUCAGUAAUGGGUCGUCGUUCUUCCGUGAUCAAAUGGUACCACCUGCACAAAUCACUGAAACUGUUGCUUCUCAUUUGGAGUGUUGCGUUGGGGUUGGAUUCGGAUCAGGCGGCGCUGCUGGAGUUCAAGGCCUCGGUUUCGGACCCCGCCGGAGUGCUGUCCAGCUGGAGCUCCGGCAGUUCUGAUCACUGUUCGUGGGUCGGGGUGUCCUGUGCUUCCAAUUCCCGGGUCGUUGCUCUCAACAUCAGCGGUGGAGGUAAUUCUGGCUCUUUGUCUUGCGCUAAAGUUGCUCAGUUUCCGCUCUAUGGGUUUGGGAUUAGGAGGAGUUGUUCGAAUAGUAAUGUGAAACUCGUGGGUAAACUAUCUUCCGCUCUCGCGAAGCUCACUGAGCUUAGUGUCUUGUCACUUCCGUUUAAUGAAUUAAGUGGUGACAUUCCUGAGGAGAUUUGGGGUAUGGAGAAUCUUGAAGUUUUGGAUCUGGAAGGGAAUUUAGUUACUGGAUCUCUGCCGUCUGUGCUUAAAGGUUUAAAAAAGUUGAGGGUUCUUAACCUGGGCUUCAAUAAGGUUGUAGGGGGUAUCCCUAGUUCGUUGAAAAACUGUGUGGGUUUGCAAGUCUUGAACUUGGCUGGGAAUCAGAUGAAUGGGACUAUUCCUGGUUUCAUUGGUGAAUUUAGAGAUCUGAGGGGUUUAUACUUGUCUUUUAAUCAGCUCAAUGGGCCAAUUCCAAGUGAGAUUGGGCAGUACUGUGGAAACCUUGAGUAUUUGGAGCUGGCAGGUAAUUUCUUAACCGAGGGGAUUCCAACAAGUUUGGGUAGUUGUAGACAGUUGAAGUCAAUACUGCUAUAUUCAAAUAUGUUGGAAGAGAGUAUUCCUGUUGAACUUGGUCAACUGAAUGAACUUCAAGUGUUGGAUGUGUCAAGGAACAGCCUUAGUGGCUCCAUACCUUCUGAGCUGGGAAAUUGCUCCAAGUUAUCCAUUCUUGUGCUGUCGAACUUGUGGAAUCCACUUCCUAGCCCUUCAGAUUCAGCAGUUGAUGCCUCGACUGCACAGUUGGCAUCCGGUAAUGAUGAAUACAACUUUUACGAGGGCACAAUUCCAGCUGAAAUUACUGGACUGUCUAGUUUGCAGAUGAUUUGGGCUCCUAGGGCAACUAUUGAAGUUAAAUUCCCCAGCGGCUGGAGUGCAUGCACCAGCUUGGAGAUGGUUAAUUUGGGUCAAAACUACUACAUGGGAGAAAUCACGGGGGUAUUUAGUAACUGCAAGAGUUUGCGUUUUCUGGACUUGAGCUUAAACAAGCUGACUGGAGAGCUUGUUGAAGACCUUCAAGUUCCUUGCAUGAAUGUGUUUGAUGUGAGUGAGAAUUCUCUUUCUGGUCCACUUCCCAGAUUUAAAAAUAGCACUUGUGCUCGUCUUGGACAUGUAAACAAAGAUCCACUUGAGCUCUAUGAUACAUCUUCUGCCUACCUGUCAUUCUUUACCGUUAGAGCUAUGCUUGAAACCACUUUGUCAUUAUUUGGCGAUGGGUUUGGUUCUGCUGUAGUUCAUAACUUUGGUGGUAACAACUUUACAGGUCAGUUGCCAUCCAUGCCCAUAGCACCUGAAACAUUAGGAGAGCGAAGUGCUUACGCAUUUCUUGCGGGUAGUAACAAUUUUACUGGGCCUUUUCCUGAAAUUAUCAUUGAGCAGUGUCAUCACAUGAGAAGUUUGAUUGUUAAUGUGAGCAAUAAUGGGUUGUCUGGUUUGGUUCCAACAGAUAUUGGUUCUAACUGCGGGUCUCUAAAACUUUUUGAUGUCUCCAAGAAUCAGAUUUCUGGGACCAUUCCUCCAAGUGUAGGGCAUUUGGUUUCUCUUGUUUCUCUCAAUCUAAGUUGGAAUAUAUUGCAAGGCCAGAUACCCAGCACCUUUGGGCUGAUGAAAGAUCUCAAAUAUCUUUCUUUAACUGGCAAUAAGUUGAAUGGAUCCAUCCCAACAAGCCUGCAGCAGCUGAAGUCUUUGGAAGUGCUUGAUCUUUCUUCAAACUUGUUGUCUGGACAGAUUCCAAAAGAUUUUGUGAACUUGAGGAACUUGACUGACCUCCUCCUGAACAAUAAUAACUUGUCAGGGGAGAUCCCUUCUGGCUUUGUGAAUGUGACCACGCUGAGAUCAUUUAAUGUGUCAUUUAAUAACUUGUCUGGGCCACUACCUCCUAAUGGUAAUUUAGUGAAAUGCAAUAGUGUCCUUGGGAACCCUAAUCUGCAAUCUUGCCAUAUCUUUUCUCCAUUUCCGUCCACAGAUCAGCUAGGAAUAUUAGGGGAUUCACCAAGAGCUUCUACCCCUCCUUCAACAAGUCCGACACAAAGGGAAGGAAAUGGAGGGUUCAAUUCAAUUGAGAUUGCAUCCAUAACAUCUGCAGCAGUUAUUGUGUCAGUUCUCAUUGCUCUUAUUAUCCUCUUCUUCUACACUAGAAAGUGGAACCCAAGAUCCAGAGUCGCUGGAUCUAUCAGAAAGGAAGUCACAGUCUUCACCGACAUUGGGGCUCCUUUGACAUUUGAAGAUGUUGUACAGGCCACUGGGAAUUUCAAUGCUAGCAAUUGCAUUGGUAAUGGUGGUUUUGGAGCAACAUACAAGGCUCAGGUUGCACCGGGAGUUCUAGUUGCAGUAAAACGGCUAGCAGUAGGACGGUUUCAAGGUUUUCAACAAUUUGAUGCAGAAAUCAAAACUUUGGGGAGGCUGCGGCAUCCAAAUCUGGUGACAUUGAUAGGAUAUCAUGCCAGUGAAACAGAAAUGUUUCUCAUAUAUAAUUACUUACCAGGAGGCAACUUGGAGAAGUUCAUCCAGGAAAGGUCCACGAGGGCUGUGGACUGGAGAAUACUUCACAAAAUUGCCCUAGACAUAGCCCGAGCACUUGCCUACCUACACGAUCAAUGCGUGCCACGUGUGCUUCAUCGUGAUGUCAAGCCUAGCAAUAUCCUGUUGGAUGAGGACUACAAUGCAUAUCUAUCUGACUUUGGAUUGGCAAGGCUUCUAGGAACCUCAGAAACUCAUGCCACUACCGGUGUGGCCGGAACUUUUGGAUAUGUUGCUCCUGAAUAUGCAAUGACAUGCCGCGUCUCUGACAAAGCCGAUGUGUACAGUUAUGGGGUCGUGUUGCUCGAGUUAAUUUCAGACAAGAAGGCUCUUGAUCCCUCCUUCUCUUCUUAUGGAAAUGGUUUCAACAUCGUUGGCUGGGCCUGCAUGCUUCUAAGACAAGGCCGUGCCAAGGAGUUCUUCACAGCUGGGUUGUGGGACUGUGGUCCACGUGAUGAUCUGGUGGAGGUGCUACACCUGGCUGUUGUGUGCACCGUAGAAUCUCUGUCUACCAGGCCGACAAUGAAGCAAGUCGUAAGACGACUAAAGCAACUUCAACCCCCAUCUUGUUAGCAGCUGCAUUUGGAUGCUAGGUGACUAACAUUGUAAUCAUGUAAUGAAAAUGAAUGCAUAUAAAGGUAAAAGUGCAAUUGUAUUUUAACCUCUGCACUUUCAGGAAGAAGUGCAUCUCAGAAUCCUGUAGGGUUUUCUUCUUUUCUUUCACUAGGUUCUUCAUGCUUGAGUUUGUAAUUUGUAGCCAGCUUCAUUGUAAAUUUUUAGUAUAGCUUUGCCCCCCCAUUUUUCUGUCAUCCUGUACCUUGUUACAGAGGGUUCACCUAUGCAUCUGCAGAAGAGUGCAGAUUCUUUAAUAUGUCUUCUCUAACACCUGUAUACAUCUACCUCAUUUGUAUUUCUCCUUUGUUCAAUAAAAUUAUAAAUAGGAAGCCUUUUCUGCAACCAAAA